UCUUGAUGCACAUGACACUGAGAGCGGCUGAAUCAUCCAGUGUUACAGGAAGAUCAUGACACAUCAGAAAACCGUUAGGAUGGGAAGGAAAAUAUGAAGUCAAGGCUCUCGCAUAAAAUCUUAAAGCAUUACUAGAUUCACACACGCUGUGUAUCAGUUGUAAAAAAGCACUGUAAAAACACAAUGAGAUUUCAUGUUGCUAUAAGGAGAUCAUCCAUAACUGCUCAGAAGACAUCUUACUGAUCAAGAGGAAAGGUGACAAUUCAUUGUGGAGGGUUGUUGCCUCCCGGCCAAGCCUGUGAAAAUGAUAAAACAAAACCAAAGGACACUACAAGGAGGACAGUUCGACUGCACAUUCUGCCACAUCUACUUCCCAACAGAUGAGGAACUGAAGAACCACUGUUUCACUGUGAAUCACAGGAGACUGAUCUUUGAAGAUACAGGUACCUCUCAGUCUUGGAAGUACAGAAAUCCACCACCAACAUACAAGGACCUGAAACUUUGUGAAAGAUCCCUGAUAUGCGAGUAUGGUGUUGACUGCCCAGAGGCACACAGUCAAGAAGAACUUUGUGAAUGGCAAAAGAGAAUCAAGACUUCAAGAAAAAGAGCCAGAGAUGCUGCCGAGAUGGGUCUACUGUCCUAUCAGGACAACAUUUUGGAGGAAUACAGACACUGCAAUGAAAAGACAAUUAUUGUCAGCGACACCCUUCCUGAUGUUUCUAUCAGCUGUGACCCAAAUAUAGACAGUCUGUAUGUAAGGAAAAAGGGAAUACAGUGUACAUGGAAUUUUACCAUUAAAUCCAAGGAACCUCUAGAGAUUAUUGCUUUAUUGAAACGGGAACUGGGGGUAAAAUUCAGCCUCGGCAAAGACCCCAAUGAGGAACGGACAUAUUCCAGUAGCGAUUGGUUUAAAAAGAACCAAACAGAGUAUGAAAUCCCAGUGUCCUUCAAAUCUGACCAACCAGGCAAGUAUGAGCAGUGGGUAGUGUUUGACUUCAACACGAGACCUGUACUACGACAAAAAAUCAAGGUCAGAGUUGGAGAGGAUGAGUGUAAGGGAACACCAGUCACAUGUCCAACACUUGAGGUUCCCAAAAAAAAAACAGAGUCUGACCGGAAUCUUGAGCCCUGGAAUGAGGAAAGCAUGGAAAUCAUUCCUUUCUUUGAAAGAGAAGAGGCAGAGAGAGAGCUGAUAAACAGAUACAAGCUAAUCAUGAUAGAUAAGAUGAACAGUGUGAUUAACUGUGACAAUUACAAACACAACAUGCACAAUUUUUUAUAUCGAGAGGAAAGAGAGGAAAGUAAACUGCUUAAAAGAGCUCCUCAAGGUUUCUUAGUGAAAAGACAUGCUAUCAGAUCUCUUGUUCGUGUCGUGGAAAACAAUGAUUAUAUUGGGCCUAUUUAUGAGGCUGAAUUUCUAAAAGACGCUGCCACAGAAACACAAGUACUUUUGCAGCUUUCCAGACAGUGCUGCACUGAUUUGAACCUGCAGAAUGGACAGCAGUGUGAGAUGGAAGUCCAGUUCCAGCUAAAUCGCCUCUGGUUCUGUGAGAUGCACAAGGCCAUUGAUGAUCUCCCCAACUUAGACAAAGUUUUGCCCGAUCUGAAAAACAGCAAGUUCUGUAUUUCUUCCCAGUCAGAUUCAGGAGAGUUAAAUGAGAAACAGCAAGCAGCAAUGAACUUUGUUCUGGGCGUAACAGACAACAAAUGCUGCAUCCCACCUUUGUUGAUUUAUGGACCUUUUGGAACAGGGAAAACUCUAACCCUUGCAAAGAUGACCCAAGCUCUUGUGCAGCAACCACAGAACAAAAUCCUGAUUUGCACACACACAAACAGUUCUGCUGAUCUUUAUGUAAAAGGUCAUUUUCAUGAAUAUGCAACUCUUCAUCAUGAAGCCAAACCAUUGAGAAUCAAGGCAAAGGAAAGCAAUCCAAGAGCUACUGAUACCAUCACUCUACAGUACUGCCAUUUAUCCAGAGAUAGCAAUCAGUUUGAGUUUCCUGAUAAAGCUGUUUUAGAUUCUGCAAGAAUCAUCAUAACAACAACUGCUGUGGCUCGUUUCUUCCAUGACAUGAACCUCCCUGAAAACUACUUCAGCCACAUUCUGAUUGAUGAAGCUUCUCAGAUGUUGGAGAGUGAGGUUCUUAUGGCCCUGGGCUUAGCAGGUAAAAAUACACGUGUUGUUUUAGCAGGAGAUCACAUGCAGAUGGGACCCAAGCUCUUCUCUGUGAAACAAGACAAAUGCUCAGAACAUACUCUGCUCAAUCGCCUCUUCUAUCACUACCAAGCUGAAAACAGUGAUGGCGCCAAACAAAGCCGAAUUAUUUUCAAUGAAAACUUCCGUUCCACAAAGGACAUUGUGGAUUUUGUAUCAACACAUUUUUAUGUAGGAAGGAGUGAUGUGAUCAAAGCUAGAGGAAGUGUGCCUCCUCAUCCACAACAACAUGCCUUGCAGUUCCAUCAUGUAAGAGGAGAAUGCUGUUUCGACCCAACAAGCAUGUCCUGGUUCAAUGCAGAACAGAUUUUAAGCAUUAUUAACACUGUGCAAGGAAUAAUGAAGGGCUGGCCUAAAGAGUGGGGUGAUAAAGAUCCAGAAUCAGUCUGUGUCCUUUCUCAAGGCAGACAGGUGUUGGAAAUCAGGCAAAGACUGCGUCAGCUUAGACUGCCCCGUUUCACUGUGGAGAAUGCUGAAAAUGUGCAAGGAAAACAGUUCACAGUAAUAGUGAUUUCCACUGUGCACACCAAGGACAGCUUAUUGUAGACUGAUCGGACCUGUCUUGAGUUUUUCAAUGACAUACGAGUGCUGAACACAGUUAUGACAAGAGCCCAGUCUCAAAUAUUUGUUGUUGGAGAUGCAGCUGCACUUUGCUGCCAUCAGUUCGGUACAUGCUGGAGAUUAUGGAGAUCAUACAUAGAGGAUUGCAUCAACAAGGGAAGUGCCCAUGAUUUUACCUUGGAUUCUCUGAAACAAGAUCUUCUUGAGAUGUCUGAGCUCUGCAGAAGUGAGGAUGAAGAGAGCAGUGAUAGUGAAUCAACUACAUCUGAAAUACCAGACAUAGAAGACCCAAUACUUCAAGAGCUUCUUGAUGAGAGCAAAGACAUCAAUGUUGCAUUGACAGAGGAAGGCUUGUUUCCAGUUUUUCAACAUAAGCAGGGUGUCAGUAGUAUGAACAACCAAAUUACAGAAGAUGAUGAAGAGCAAUUGCUGACUAACUUUAACAUUCGCAAACACUGUGAGCUGAUCAAAGAGUUUUAUGACCGUGGCUAUGCAAGACCACUUGACGAGCCCACUCAGAGAAUUGAUAUCAAGGGUAGAAAGAAUAUCGGACAGGCAUUCCCUGGAGACAAGGUAACAGUGGAGAUUCUGAGUGAGAGAUCAAAUCCUCCCAUUGGAAGAGUGAUCAACAUCCUUGAAAGUGCAGAUACUGUCAAAGAAUUUGUCUGCACCCUUGAAAGACACGAUAGUCAAGUGAUGACACCUAUAAACAAAUGCAUCUCCAAAAUCUACACACCAUUUUGGAAAGACAAACCAAACCACAUUGCUGUAAGAAAUCCUGAGAACCUCACCGUAGAUAGGUUCAUCAAAAUCAAUGAAGCACACAGAAAAUAUCUCUUCGUUGUCAAAGUGCUUAAGUGGAGAAAUGUUUUCAAAUACCCUUUGGGGAUUGUUGUGGGACAGUUUCCAAAAGUAACAACUUUAGAAGAUGGACUAAAGGUUCUUGACAUAGAAUUCCAGUUGACGAGAACACUUUCUUCAUCUUUGGAAAGACAGAUGAGUGACUUUCAAAGUAUUAAUUUAUUUGAAGAUGGGCGAAAAGAUUUUCGCAUGCUCCCAACAUUCACCAUUGAUCCUGCCAAUUCACAAGACCUUGAUGAUGCAAUCAGUGUACGGGAUUUAGGUGAGUGCUAUGAAAUAGGAGUUCACAUUUCUGAUGUUGCAAGUUUUGUGGCUAAAGACAGUGAACUGGACAAAUAUGCAAAACUGCUGUGUACUUCAUUCUAUCCAUGUGGAAAGGAGCCUAAACACAUGUUCCCCAAAGAACUGAGUGCUGAUUUCUUCAGUUUGAUUCCUAACCAAGACAGACGAGCCAUCUCCUUAAUAAUACAAGUGGAUACCAAAAAAAACAGCAUAAAGAAAAGAUUAAUUUGCAAGUCUGUCAUUCACUCCAAGAGGAAAUUUUCUUAUGAUGAAGUUGAAGAUAUCUUUGAAAAUAAUCAUCAGCAAUCUGACCCGCUUCAAAUGUGCCUUGUGAAAGCAUGGAACUUUGCUGAGGUUCACAGGAGAUACAGAAAACAGGACGACUGGUGCUACAAAAUGCCAGACGAGGAUGUGACUCUUGGAAGAAGGCGAUCUCACCUAAUGGUAGAAGAGAUGAUGAUCAUGUUUAACCACACGGUUGCUGAACGUCUUCUGUUUGAUGAAACAACAAGGAGCAUAACUCCACUGAGAUGCCAGGACAGGCCACAAAGUAAAAAGCUUGCUUACCUUUUUGACAAAAAUGCCUCCCUGAUUCCACUAUCAGUUCACUUCUCAAGUAAAGUUCAUGAGUGUGAUCAUCUGUCUCAUGAACUGGAUAACCAAGGUUUGAUCCACCGCAGAGCCAUGCCAAACCCUCAGGCUGGCAUUUCUGAUUGUGAAACCUUCCCCAUAUUAAAAUCUGUUUUAAGAUGCCUGAAGACAGCAGCUGAGCAGAAAAAUAUCUACAAAGUAAUUGACUUUAUUGCAACUGAUGAGAUUCACCCCCAACUUCUCCCUUUUGCAAUCGCAAUUAGGGGACUGUUUCACAAAGCAUGUAUUCUGCGUUCAAACUCAACACAUGUAUCAAGAAUUGGGCACUAUGAUUUGGAUCUUGACAGCUAUGUAUGGGCAUCAUCUCCAAUCCGCCGAUAUAUAGAUGUCAUUGCGCAGCGUCUUCUUCAUUCUGUGAUUGACAAGACAAAUGUUAGGUACACAGCUCGUGACAUUGACUUAUCUUGUAUGGAAUUUUCCAGAAAAAAUGACCAACAGUCAGCAUAUGAGAGGAAAACAAAUGCUCUACAUUUUGCAAUAGAACUGUCAACCCAAAGUGAAAGGAAGGUGGCAUACAUUGUGGAACUCAGUCCAUCAGGGACAAAUUUUAGAUUAUCCUUCCCACUUAACAGAACCUCUAUAUCAGAAAACUUAGACAUUAUGUACAGGGAUCUUCAGUUGGCAGAUCAACCGCAGUUUGAUGAAACCAACAACUGCGUGAUCUUGAAAUGGGUGCGAAGGAUAUAUUCAUUCUCCAAUCCUCACAUCGUUGCUGAAGUGAAACAGCAAACUCCAAACUCAAUCAUGGCCUAUGUCUCUACAAAGACCUGGAAAGGCCUAGCAGCUGCUCUUAGAGAGGAAAAUUGGGACAGAUUGUUUCCCCUGAUCGAGGAGCUUGACGUUAGCUCAAUAAAACAAUUCAAUGAAAGACCGAGAAAUGCUACAAGUUCAGGAAAAUCUGAUCCCAUGCACACUGAGCAUUAUGCUGAACUGUCAAUGAGAAUAAAGCCAGGUGAGGUGGUCGAGGUACAACUAUGUUCAGCCACUGCACAAGGACUAAUGACACCAGCAAUUCAGCUGUUUGUUGUGCAUCCAAAAUUUGAGAUUUGUUUGGAGCAUGUGAAAGAUCCAAUCAAGUGUUUUUCAAAAUAUGCUUCCAACUCAUCGCGGAACUCAUACAACACAUACAUGGAUUAUCAGAAAAUAUGGAAACCUUUAUGUGAAAUGGAGUCAGGCUCCAAUGCUGUUGCUGAAAAUGAAAGUAUUCUUAUUGAAGAUGCAGCUUUGAAAUGGAAAACCUCUCCUCCAAAGACGCAUCAGGGUUUUUUUCUCCUCCCACUUGACAAAAAAUCUCAGUGGUCCAUUGAAUGUGACCUCAAGAACAGUUUCCUCUGCAUUCAAACUAGGAUUAACCAGAGUAGUCCCUUUCAGGAAAACUCUCAGUGCACAACUCUUAUGGAUAUUCCUUCUGUCACGUGGGUGGCUCAUGGCAUAAUUACGGAAGUUGAAGUAAUGGAAUCCAAAGAACCAAAGAAUUUACAAAUUGAUUUUCAGAUUAACCACAUGCCUAUGACAAACAUUCCGGAAGCCAUAUUUUGUGAGAGGACCAGAUUUACUCUGGAGCUGAUUCCAAAGCUUCUGCCAGAUGUACGCAAAGAGGAUGCAAUUAACACUCUAACCAAAGCCAACAACCUUGUCAAAAAUAUCGCCAUAGGCAGGAAAAUCAACUAUGAAGGAGGAUGCAACAAUUCGAAGCAGAUUCCAGCCAGAUUUGAGAUUGAUAGUUAUCUCCCUUCUGGGUUUUCCCAUCUAAACAACAGUCAGUGCAAAGCUAUAAGAGAAGCAUUGACUAACCCAUUCACUCUUAUCCAAGGACCACCAGGGACUGGAAAAACUGUUGUUGGUGUCCAUAUUGUGUAUUGGUUGCUCAAGAACAUCCAACUUCCUACCACCAAUUCACAGAAGAAGAGAGCUGUUCUGUACUGUGGCCCCUCAAAUAAGUCUGUCGAUGUUGUCGCAGGUCAUCUCCUUAAACUUCAAAAGGAACUUAGACCUCUCAGAGUCUACAGCGAUCAGACAGAAAUGUUGGAAUUUCCUUACCCAGGCUGCAAUCUAAAGCUGUCACGUAAUUCUAAACGAGGCGAAAAACCCAACACAGAGCUCAGUUCCAUUGCACUUCACCACCUGAUUCGAAAAGUUGGCAACCCACAUUCCACACAAAUAUUAGCUUUUGAUAGGAAAAUUAAAAGAGGAGAUCAAUUCACGGAUGAAGAAAAAAAACUCUACAGAGAAACCCUCCAAGAGGCUCGAAAACAUGAAUUACUGCGGCAUGAUGUCAUCUUGUGCACUUGCACAGCAGCCUCACACCCUGCCUUAGCUGAUGCCCUCGACUUCAAACAGAUCAUCAUUGAUGAAUGUGCCAUGGCAACUGAACCCGAAGCCUUUAUUCCACUAGUGGCUCAUAAGCCUGAGCAGAUUGUUCUUCUGGGAGAUCAUAAGCAGCUGCAACCUGUAGUCCACUGUGAUGUGGUGGAGCGAUUGGGAAUGAGCAAAUCUCUUUUUGAACGUUACACGGAGAAAGCACUCUUGCUUGACACUCAGUACAGAAUGCAAAAAGACAUUUGUGCUUUUCCAUCAAAGCAGUUCUAUGAAGGAAAGUUAAUAACUGGAACAUCACCCAAACCAAGUCUUUUCCUUGCUAAUUCAAGGCACACACGCAUAGUUUUUGGUCAUGUUGAAGGAAAGGAGAAAAGUCUGGUGGUCCGGACUGAACGGGGGAAUGAAAACUCAAAGGGAAAUUUGGAGGAGGCAGAAGAAGUGGUGCGGAUCGCCAUUCUUUUGACUGAGGUUGGGAUACAGAAAAAGGACAUUGCCAUUCUUACACCAUAUAAUGCUCAAGUGUCAAAUAUUUAGAAAUACCUGCGCAAUAAGGGUAUGAGUGACAUCACGUACAACACCAUCAUGAAAAGUCAAGGAAGUGAAUGGAAAUAUGUCAUCAUAUCAACUGUGCGCUCUUGUCCCAAAACUGAUAUAGAGACACAACUAACCCAAUCCUGGAUUAUGAAGCGAUUUGGAUUCAUCAUGGACCCACACCAAGUCAACGUGGGCAUUACCAGGGCACAAGAAGGCCUGUGCAUCAUUGGUAAUGAGAACUUGCUGCGGUGCAGUGUGUUGUGGAGAAGACUUCUGGAUCAUUAUAAGGAGAAAGGAUGUGUAGUGAAUCCGGCCCGGCACAUCCAGGUUCAAAACCCCAACAGAAGUCUGGGAAUGAAGAAAAAUGCUAGAAGAUGAUGGGCUUCAUGCAGUUUUAUUUUUGUAACUGCAUUUGCUUUAUAGCGGUGUUAAAUGUGCACUUAUAUAAUCUACAUUUACUCAUUUAUAGAUUAAUUUGUGAUUGUUUAAAAAUAAUAUGCACACCAGGGAACAUUG